AAGCAAGACUUUUCUCUUUUGGUGCUUCCAAGUUUCAGUCGAUUAAUCGUUCGAUGUUGGAAGGGGACACUUUCAGUUCUCGGCCCAACCAACACGUUGUCGCUAAUUAUAGUAAGCGCUGCGGUCCCUCAAGAACAACGAUCGAGAGACAAAAUUUCGAGAGACCAGAAAUGUGAGCUGUGCUCUACCUACUUAAGAGGAAUCAAAAUGCGUAGUUUUGCGUUCUUCUUGUAACUGUUCAGAGCAUCCACAUCCUGGAGAAGUGGUCAUUUUCUUUUUCCAAUUGAGUUCAAUCAUCACAUUGAUCGCGAUCUUUGAUUUCCGUCGCAUCAUUUCACUGUCUGAAGUCUCACCUGAGUAUCUUCCAUUACACCGGACCCCACGAAUCGACAAGAUGGGCAACAAGCAAUCUACGCCGCAGAGACGCAACACGGACAACACCGAAAAGCAUCUUCAAUACCAUACAGUCCACGGUCCCGUUUCCGCACACGAUGUAGCGAAGCAUCUUGAGACUGUGCCCCCGCCUCACACACGCACUCCAUCCAACUUUCCUCACGACUUCCGUGGCAGAGAGGGGCCGGUGAACAACGAAACCAAGACCUUUGAUGACUACGUCACAGGUCCAGGUCGAUCUCAAGGGCCUACUGGCCCCAUGCAAGAAUACGCCAUCCCACAACCUGGCGAGCAAUUCAAUUUUCAAUUCGACCGCCGCUGCCUGAAUGCGCGCCAGGCAGGCCGAGUAGUUCAUCCGAAUGAACGAGCAAACGUAAUGGGACCUGCCAACGGCCGGCCGGGGAACGAUCCCAUGCAAACCCGAGCUGCGGUUCGCGUGGCCCAAGUGAACGGCGAUGAGAAGAUCGCUGUUGUUGGUGUCGUGGCUCAUCCGAAUGGAAACCGAACGGGGCUUGUGCGAGCACCCCUUGAGCCUCUCAGCCGUGAGGGUCGGCAGGAGUUGACGAGGCACACUGAUGAGCGCGGUCGCAUGCAGACGUACCCACCCCGUGGUAUAGACGCCAAAGUCUAUGAAACUGCAGAGACAAGGUCUGGAAGGGUGCGCCCGCCCGCUCACCCGCAAAUGAGGGUGUGAUAGAGUCGUUAUCUGUUGCAUGACGGCAGCAGUGUAUGUGUUUACUGAGGUAGUCUGCUUUAGCUAGUUAUAAACCUAUUGGCUUAUUAAGGCUUCAAAUUUGGAUUUCGUGGCAAAAGAAGAGGCGCAGAAGCCAGCUCAUUCGAGGUACCUAAUACAAGAC